CCACCUUUGUUCAUUCUUGUUCAUCUUGCGAAUACGUCUAGAAACAAUAAUGGCAAUAAAGUUUGAGUACCUAGGAAGCAAAUUUAUAAAACCGUUCGUCCCAACUCACCAAAACCUUAGAAACUACAAGCCAGGCUUCAUCGAUGAACUUGCUCCGUUUAUGAAUGUAGCCGUCGUCCUUUUCUUUGCCAAAAAUAGUAACCAUAACCCAAAGUUGUUUGUUGUACAACUAGAGAAAUCCCUUGAAAAAGUUUUAACGCGAUUAUACCCUCUUGCCGGUAGAUAUGUUGAAGAAACUCAAAUAGUUGAGUGUAAUGACGAAGGUGCUGAGUUUAUACAAGCCCGAGUUAACGUUAAACUUGAAGAUAUUCUUGGUCCAGAGGCGGAUGUUACGUUGGCUGAUGAAUUUAUUCCAAUGAAAACAAAACCUCGCGAUGUUGUUCUUACAAUUCAAUUUACCAUCUUUGAGUGUGGAGGUGUAGCACUUGGUGUAAGUGCUACACAUAAGGUUGUUGACGCGUCAACAUUAUGUACAUUCCUAAAUGAAUGGGCUGCCAUAAACCGAGAAGAAAAUCAGAUAAAUUUCACAUGUCCCGGUUUUAUCUCAUCCUCGUUGUUUCCUGGGCGUGGUUUUCGUCCCGUUCCGACACCAUUUAUUACCAACGACCAGUAUACAAGAAAGAAACUUUCAUUCAAUGAGAGUGCAGUAUCCAAAAUUAAAGCAAAGGCCAUCACGAGCUUACGAUUGUCAAAGGUACAAUUGGUAUCCGCGAUCAUUUGUAAGGCUCUCGUUGGUGUUGAUCGUGUGACACAUGGUUACCGAAGAGAGUCUAUACUCUGCCAAAUAAUAAAUCUUAGGGAAAAAAUGGCUUCUCCAAUACCCAAACAUUCUUGUGGGAAUCUUUGGGGGCUUUGUGCCACCAAACCUACGAUUAUUGAAACAACUGAAGAGUUGGCAAAUCUUAUACAUGAUUCUAUCAAGAAAGCUGUGAAUGACUACUCAAAGGUACACCACGAUAGCGAACAAGGCCAAACAAUGGUUUUGAAUACUUACUUAAAACCAACCAACAGUAAUAAUCUUGAAUCAAUGAAUGUGAUUCCAAUAAGUAGUUGGUGUAAGUUCCCCUUUUACGAAGUUGACUUUGGUUUCGGAAAGCCCAAAUGGGUGGUUCCUUGGACCGCGCCUAUAAAAAACUUUGGACUUUUGAUCGAUGGUCCGGGAGGUAAUGGAGUGGAAGCAUACAUCUUUCUAGAAGUUAAAGAUGUCCCUUACUUUGAAGAAGCACUAGAUGUCAAUGUUUUUGGUGCCUAAAAUCUAUGUCUUGCAUAUUUAUCAUUGUCGUCGAGUUCUUGCUUGGAGUCUUGAUGUUGUUAUAUGUUGUGCUUGUGUGGUUUAUGUUUUCUUGUUUAAUAACGAGCAUAAUGUGACAUAGUUUGUUACCUAUAUAUUACAAGUUAAAAUAAAUCCAUUAUGAUACUCAGAU